ACUGACGCCGCCUUUACAGAUAUGUCACAUGAAAGCGCCGGUGCGGAGGCACUCCUGCAGGCCAUCGAAGUCCUGGACGCCCAACCGAAUGCCUGAGCUCUGCUACUGA